AACUUCACUCACUCUAGAUACAAUAUAUUUAAAAAUAUCUUAAUUCAGGAGUUCAAGAAGUCAGCGUGGAAAGUUUAACAACGAUUGCUGACAAGGUUCCGGCUGAGCUGAAAACUCAUUCCAAGUACACACUAUAAGAUUUACCCCGAGCAGCAGCGGCAGGUCUGAAGGAUCCUUCUGAGAAAUCCUGGAUAAGGGAGGAGUAAUUUAGCCUUAGCAGAUUGGAUGCAAGAGGAUUACCUGUACUUCUGAUCAUUAAUGAGGAUAUUGAUGAUGAAGAUGUUGGCGGUGGAGAUUCUAUGAGUUGGGCUCUAGCUGAGAGAUGGGUGCUAGCUGAUGCUGGACUGAAUGCUAUUAUUUUAGCAGAUUUUUCAGAUAAAAACUUGACAUUAUAAAAACUUUUCAUGAGCUCACUAAGAAUGAAGAAAAAGACUCAGAGUGACAAGGUGUUGCAUCAUCAGCUCUCUCCAUACGACUUCCAGCAACACCAGGAAAAAUGCAGCACUAUGUGUGUGCGUCCGGCAGGUUGCUAUGGUAACGGCGCUGGAGAGCGCGCGUCGCUGGAGGGUGACGUCAUCGGCCCCCGUCCGGGACCCGCUCGUGCUGCGAGGGGAUCAGUCUGUGUUUGGUUUGGGUAUUUAAGGAAAAUAAAUACAGCUGAGAUGAAUUCCGGUGAAGACUGCUGCAAAUUAACUGAUGCGCAACUGCAGGAUAUGAAAGAUAGUUUAGAGAAAGGUGACCUGUCCAGUGCCAUUGACGCAAUUAGCAAAUCAAUAGAAGAUGUAGAAAAUAUUCCACUGAAUAUUGCAGUAACAGGUGAAACAGGAGUUGGAAAGUCAACUUUCAUCAAUGCCAUCCGUGGGUUAGAUGAUGAUGAUGAUGAAGGUGCUGCUAAAACAGAUGUGGUGGAGUGCACCAUGGAGCCAACUCCUUAUACUCACCCAAACUAUAAGAAGGUGACAUUUUGGGACCUACCAGGAAUAGGUUCUUCCAAAUUCCAGCCAAAACAGUAUCUUGAAGCAGUCAAGUUUUAUCAAUAUGACUUUUUUAUUAUAAUGGCAUCUGAACGCUUCAGACUGAAUAAUGCCGAACUAGCAAAGGCAAUUCAAGCAAUGGGGAAGAAGUUCUAUUUUGUGAGAACAAAAAUUGAUUGUGACUUGACUUCCAACAUGAAACGUAAAAAAAAAAACUACAAUGAAAAGAACAUACUGGAGGAGAUUCGGAAUAAAUGCAUCAAAAGUCUUGAAGGAUCAGGGAUCAAGGAGCCACGACUGUUUCUGCUGUCCUGUCUGGAACUGGAAAAGUUUGACUUCGACCUCAUGCUAAAAACUUUAGAAGGACUUCCCAGUAAUAAGAGGCAUGCCUUGCUGCUUUCUCUGUCCAACAUUUCUAUGCCAGUCCUGGAAAGGAAAAGAGAAGCCCUGCAGAAUCAGAUCUGGAAAUGGGCCACCCUCUCAUGUGCAGCUGCAGCCGUCCCUAUUCCCGGGCUAUCGAUUGCCUGUAAUAUCUCCAUCUUAGUGAAAACUAUGAAAGAAUACCAAACUACUUUUGGUCUGGAUCAAGAUUCUCUCCAUAAAUUAGCCCAUAAAUCUGGUAAACCCUAUGAAGAGAUCAAAGCUGUUAUCAGCACAUCUGUAGUCUUAGAAGAGAUAAACACAGAGUCUGUAAAGGCACUUCUAGCCAAAACUGUAGUAGGAGCAGUUACGAUUGCUAAAUAUUUUCUAAGCAUGAUUCUGGGGAUUGGCAGUAUAAUCGCCAGUGUUCUUUCCUUUGCUACCAUUUUCAAGAUGUUGAACGAUUUUUUGAAAUAUAUUGUAGAUGGUGCAAAGAGAGUUUUAAAUAAGGUGUUUGGAAUUGCUGUUGAGCAGUAAUAAUAUAAACCAGUUUGCUUAUUUGUUUCCUGCGCUCAGCUAUCACACUAGCUUGACCACUAUUCUAUGCAUAGGAUACCAUAUGCACUGUUUGAAAAGCUUAAACACUGAUAAACGCAAUGCAUAAUAGAUAUCCUUUUCAGAUGUUACUAAUACAUUAUAAUAAUCUUACAUUAAUAUAGUUCAUUACUAUAACUGCCCACAAUCCCAAUUUUCAGUUCUGAUUUCCAGUUGCUGAAAGGGCCAUUGCUUGCUGUGAAAGUGGGUUUGUUCUUAUUGAAAAGGGAUAGUGGUUUGGUCGGAUCAGGUAGUGGCUCCAGUGGAUAGUGGGUGUGGCCUAUAUUGUCCCAGUUUUCCAUAUGGGAAUCUUGUGAUUUAUGUAAUCUCUUUCAUUCUUACUUCUCUAUUACACAGUUCUAAAUGUUACUGUGCCUUGCAAUCAGAAAAUGUAUAAUUCUCUAUUAUAUUUGCAACAAAUAAAGCUCGUUCAUUAUCUUUU